GCCCUGCGACCCCCUCGUUUGCAUGGUCAAAAUCAUAACAAGAUUGUCGUUUUCAGCCAUCAUGGCGAACCCACGGAAGUUCAGCGAAAAAAUAGCCCUGCACAACCAGAAGCAGGCAGAAGAAACGGCAGCAUUUGAGGCUAUUAUGAAAGAAGUAAACAACGCCACGAGAACAGUUGUAUACGCAAAACAACAUCUUCCUAUUUCGCCUAGUCUUGGUGCUUAUCGAGGAGGAUCGCUGCCUAACGUCAAUCAGAUUGGCACCAACCAAGGCAUUGACCUGCAGACUGCACUUCAGCACCUGGAAGAUAUAAAACAGGGGAGACCAAACAUCACUGAUCGAAUCCAUCGCGAUAGAUCGCGACCCAUUGUACCUCACAGAUCAAGACCUUUCCCAAUCGACAAGCGGGUGGAUUGUUCUCCAUAUGGUACAGCAUACUUAUCACCACCACCAGAUACAAGCUGGCGAAGGAUGUAUCGAUAUCUUAACGGCGUUUCCUUGUCCCGGACAAAUUCUGAUUCAGCUUUACACACAAGUGCUAUGGGACCUGGAACAUCAAAUGACUAUACACAUCCUCCAAAAACCCCUCCCACUCACAGGCGAAUCAUGGAGAUGGUUGGGGAAGACUCUGGAGACAUUCAGAUGAAGGGCUACUGGGGAGACCCCAAGAAAUUGGUCACAUCUAGACCAAAAUCAUGUGAAGUUCCAAACAUCAACAUCUACCCUUCGCAGGAGCAAGAUAUGGGCCCCCACAUACCAAUCUCUAAUAAUACGGGUUCUUUGCCAGACCUGACUGUGCUGCACUUCCCAUCCCCGCUCACCACACCCCUAGAUGCAGAGGAUGGAAGUUCAGGGGCCUAUGGAGGGAACAGUUCACCCUCCAGUCUCUCUCCCACCUCCCCUCAUCACAUGGCCAUGCCCCCUCCUUCCAGUCAACAGUCUCCAGCAUCUCGUCGCCGCCCUCCUCCUGGAGUACCUUCGCCUCUUGUACUAAAUAACAACAAUCAGAUGCGUGUACCACUGUCUCCUCCGGUGGAUCCCAGUAGAUUGCAGAUGGACCCACGCAUCGCCCAGCAGUAUAUGUUGCACUUACACCAGCAGCGACAGCGAUCGCCCCUUGCACCAACCCAUCAUCACCCACAUCCUCAUCUCCAUCAACACCACACCCACCACCACCAUCCGGUCAUGACGCUGACUCUAGGAAAGGGUGGUACUCAGGGUGGGGUGGGGGUGGGAGCUGGGGGUGGUGGCACUACACACCCCACACAAGGACAGGUGGGGGCUCCCCUGGCAGGUGUGCAGCCUCGGGGGCUGCCACAGGUGCAUAUAACUGCCUGCGACCUAUCUGAACCUCAGCCAUCAAUGACCCAGUAUCGCAACAGUGUGUCUGAUGCAGGCUGUCAGUCACCAACUUCCCCACACUCUGCUCCCUCUUACUCUCCAGCCCAGUCUCCAGGGCUUCCAUCCUCCGCAAUUAACAACUCUCCCUUUGCAGAGGCCUACUAUCUUCAGCAGCAUCAGCAGCAGACCAGUGCACUUCAACAUCAGUUUGAGCAGUUCAACAUGGAUAAUUCACCCAUCUCUGCCAUUGAAUCACAGUUGAUGAACAAUGGGCUGAUGAGUCCCACACAGUCAAUGGCUCCUCCCCCAGCCAUCAAUUUCUCCCAAGUGGUCAUGCAUGGUCUGGGGAGCAGCAUUGACUUUCAGCAGCAGCAGUCCACUCAGCAGCAACAGCAUCAACAAUCGCAGCAGCAGCAACAGCCACCAAACUUUUUCCAUACAGAUUUGCAGUUGGCUGGGUUGGCACAUUUGGCUGGGUUGGGACUAAGCUCAGCAAGCCACUCUCAACAUAUUUCGCCCUCAUCCAACAACAAAAUCCCAGAUAUUGUGCUGACAGGUGCUGAUGACCCAUUUGGACGAACACCUCUUGAUUUUGCUAAAGAUUUGGGCAAUGCAAUCACAGGUAUGCCUGAUGGUUUUGAUGCAGACUUUCUCUCAAAUGAUGAAGCCUUUAAAGCAGAUCUGGGUCCACUGGAUUUUGAUGGACUGCAAAUGCUAACAGACCCAAAUAUGGUAACAGACCCUGCUACAGAAGACACCUUCAAGUUAGACCGCUUGUAAAGGGUGUUUCUCUUUUUUUUUCCUCUCUCUCUCUACAAGCAGUGAUGAUCAUGCCAGUUUUGUGACAUUACAUCUACAUGACUGCCAGAGAUGCUGGCAGUAGGGUGUGCAAGGGCUCCUCAAGCAGGCUUCUUGUGCCUAUCCAGUGACAGGACCUAACUUAGCGGAUGGCAUUUGAAAUGGGCUGUGUGCUGCUUCUGUGCCUACCACUUGGUGCUGUGCAAAGUUUUGAUGGUGUGCCAAGAUGUUUCUCAAACCUUUUGAUCCCCACCCUUCCUCCAGUUGGAUACAAGCGCCCGGCCUACAUUCUGGAAUACAUACAAGUGGAUAACUACCAUUCAGGAUCCCUUUGACACUGACUGUGAUCUCCCAAUUAAGGAACCAAAUGAACAUUGACUUGCCUGCAAUUCAAACUUGUGCUUGCAAGAUAUUACAGUCAGAAAAGCUGGAGCUGUUAAGGUGAGCUACCCCAGCCUCCUAACAUGAACCAAGUUAAAAGUAAACAAAACUUUGAGUGCAAAACAAGCAGUCGGUCAGACAUAUACUUCAGGUCAAAGUUUUUGCUACUACUGAAGUUUGGAUUUAAAAUAAAUGCCAAAUUCGGAUUUCCCCUGUAGAUGUGUGGUAAACCUGAGAGAAAGGUGCUUCACAAGCCUUGAUGGUUUCCUGCCUGGAGCAGUGCUAGGCAUCAGGGAGGAAAGUUGAGAUCUGGUGUGGAGUUUUCAUUGACAAGAUGCUAGUAGCAAUCCUAACUUCAGCCAUUCCAAAGUAGUUUAUGUUUGUGUAUGUGUUCAGACAGCCAACCAGUAUUCAUUUUGUGUGUGGGUUAUAUUGAGGCACUCACACUGAGUAUAAUUCAGUGAACAUUGGGGCUGUAUAUGACAAGUGGAUCACCUUGGAGGAGGGUCAGCCUGCAAGUACAAAUAAAGGCAGACAAAAGACCCAUGGAAGAGCACAAACAUUGUUUUAGUGAAGGCAGCUAUCAUUAUGUAGCUGGUAAACCCAUCUGCCCAGUUAGUUCCUUGCAGUUUCAACAAGCCUCUUGCUGUUCCACUGAAGUAGAGCUUCCUCCCACCCUCCCACCCCCAUGAGGUAGAUGGAAGUGGUGGUGUUCUGCUGCAGUAUAAGACACCAUGUAUCUUGGAUUCAGAUGGGUAAACAUGUCGAGGGGAACACUUUGUCUCAUUCUUUAGGAUGACCUUACUUUGCAAGAUGGCAUCUGUUAUCUUUAUCUGUAAGUCCUAUUUUCAGCCUUUAUUGUGCAAUUCUCUUUCUACCCACUGUAUGAAAACUUUAAAAUUUAUUUACACUGGUGCAUCUGCUCUCAUUGUCCGUCUUUUAUAUUUAUGCCUUGAAAACAAGGAAUAGCUGAACAGUUUGUAGUCAUAACAAAGAUGAUUGCCAAAAAGAAUUUGUAAAGUUAUAUCUAUGAUGAAAGAUUAAAAACAAAGCAUAUAGGUGAAUAUAGUCACAGGCAGCAAAGGCAAUAAAAAUAACAAUCACUACAGUUUGAUUCUGCUUUCUGGGGUCACUGGAGACUAGCAUUUCUAAAGUCAAUAGAGAUUAUGUCCAGAAGACUAGCUUUUCUUCAUGACAUACUUGGCUGUGACCUAAAGACUAAGUGGAGGAAAGUAGCUGUCAAAGAUUUCAGUAAAUGCAUAACAUAGUACAGUAGUCAAAUGGUAACAGUUUGACCACCUUAUAUACCUUUCCUUGCUUUGUUCAUUAAAUGUCCAUGCACACUUCUGCUCAUUUCAGUUUAAUAGAGCUUGGCAUUCUCUCCUCAGCUGCUUAAAGCUAUCAAACCAUUGAAUCAGUUGUAAGGCAGUUCAUGACAUUUACUUUGGUCUCUUACAUUCACUGCUGCUCGUCAUAGCAUUUUAUCUGCAACUCUUAAUGGCUUCCAUGUCUACAGCACUUUACACCUCUUUCUUUUCUGUUCUAACCAGCUUUGCAGCCAAAACUCUUGUGGUCUCAGUAGCUGGUCCUUACAUGUGCAGACCUCAGGGUGCCCAUCUUGAUUCUAAUCAGUAACUGCUCCCUGAGGCUAAAGCUACAGUUAUGUUAUGCAGGUAAAGAUCCAGACCUGCUGCUUCAGCACAAAGAAGUUAAUUUUAACAGGCAGACUGCUCAGCAACUGUCAGGCUUCACUUCCCAUUGCUGAUUAAAAAAAAAGUCCUAAGACUUGCAAAAAGACAUUAAAAAAUAUUCAUUGUAUCAGCUUUUUCUUAUGCACGUGCAUAGGAAUUCUCUCUUCUCUCCAGUUUUGUCAACUGUUUGCAGCAACAGGCUUGUCAGUGCAGCUUAAAUAUUUUAAUUCUGAAGCUCAUUUUAUCAGCUGUAAUAUUAAUGUAUUUCAUCUUUAGUUCCAGAGUGAGCGUGGAAGAAGGGGAUUUAACAACUCAAUUUGUGUAAAUUCCAUUCUGUUUCCUUACCUGGUUGUCCUCUUUAGAAAAUAUAUUUUAUAUUUCUUUCUAUGGAGCAAGUUUCAUGUUCGUUGAUUGCAGACUAAUUUUAAAGUCUGUUCAGUUUUCCAAAAGUUGGAAUAAUACAAAAGUUAAAAAAUAGGUUUAUCCAUAUUUCAAGCACAUAGAUCACAUUUGCAACAGUGGUGGUGUCUGCUGUCAGACUGCCUCUAACGUUCACUCAUAGAUUCCAUUCUUCAUAAGCCAUUAUGAAGUCAGCCAUUAUCAGUGCAAGUCCAGCAAAUAGCAUUUUAAAGUGUAAUUUGGCUACUUCACACCACUUUGGUCCUAAGGGGUUUAUAUGCAUUUCAUCAUUUUUUUCAAGGGGAAAUUUUUAGUGUUAGACCAUUUUGCACUGAUGAAUCUGUAAAGAACUAUUUUUGCCUAUUCAGAGAUUUUUAUAGCAUUUCAAUUGCAGUGAAAUAAUCUGCAUAUAUAAUGAAACGCACAGUUUCAAAAUAUUUCUGAAUUUAUCUUUGGAAGGAUAUACCAUUUAAGAAAAUAAUUAUCUGUUUUGUAUACAUUGUUUUUAAUUGUUUUUCAGUUUCUUAAGAACUUUAUUCCAUGCUGUUUUCUCCAUUUAUUUGUGAGCAUGUGCAUAUUCACCAGUGUUAACAAGUGAUAAUGAUUGUAUGAAUGGAUAAGUGUGCUAAGCAUUUUGUCACACAGUUAUGUCUUAAUUGUGAAUCUGGCAAGUGUUAAAUUUUCUUGUACACUGUCUCCCAUCUGGAGUGAGUUUAUCUCAGCUCCAGGUGUCUAUGGGGUGUUCUCUCACUCCUUUGUGUUAAUCAUCACUUAAACCAGGUGUGCAUUUGUGUUGUGGUAACACAACUUGCUAAAUUGGUCUGUGUUGUUACUGAUACCCGGCACAUCUAUAUGUGGAUACAAAUCAGACCCAUGUCGUUCGCAUCAGACCCAAUAUUUUUUAUGAAUGUGUGCUUAUGUGCUCUUCUCCCUCGCGUACACAUCCAUAAAACAACACUGCCACAUUUGUAUUGUUCUCAAGUAUAUUUCAGGGAGCCAUACUUGGGUGGGUUGUGUUGACUGAUGUAAACCAGUUUUACUUUUAAAGCGCAUUUUCAUCUGUCAGCUUUUCAACCAUUGCUGUUUAUUCAAAAUAAAUUUGACUACCACAAUGAUCAUUUAACUGGCACAGCACAUCGACUGUCACAUUCAUACAUGCAACAGCAAAUAAUAGACCGAUUGGAGGCAAGACUUCUAAGUUGACUGGUAAGGAUUAUUCUUUCUACACGGUGUAUGUACAUUUAUUUCAUACAUUAUGAUCUACUAGACUUGAGCUUUCUUUUGGACAUACAAUUCCAGUCAACACUGCAUGGACAUAAAUGAUAAUUUGUUUAAGAAGAACACUUAGUUCUUGUUAAAACUUCAACUUGAGUUUGUGAUGUUUGAGUUUGUAAUAACAUGCUUUACAUGUGCAGGCAUUAUUUCAAGUAAAAGGUUAAAAACACUUUGUUGGGGUGGGGUUGGUGAUGAUAGGAGAGAAGGUCAGGUAAUACAAUAGGAAGAGAAAAAAAAUUUCAAGCUCUUCGUGAAAACUUUUCCAGUGCUGUUGGUAUAAAGUGCUUAAAAUUUUUGGCAGUUCAUUUAAAUGUUGAACACUUUUCAAGAGAGUCUGCGGUUCCCCAUGUCAAGAGCUACACAUAUUCAGAUUCACUUUUGCACUUCCACACAUUACAGAUGGAUCUGGUUAUGAAUAGAGCUUAAGAGAGAUUAAUGGACAAACAAUUUCUUAGCCUGUGUACAUUCAUGGUUAAAACAGGAUACAUUGAAUAUGGAUGAGUCCUGUGAUAAGGGUACAUUUUUUAUUCAGUUAAGCAACAAAGCAGUAAAAAGCUUUCCCUUCAUCACAUGUGAUUCUUUCUCCAAGACUCCCAUAGUUCUGAAGCCAGGGUGUCCACAAGCUCUUGAGUGAGACAAGCUGUACACCCAAGCAGUUUAACGUGCUUACAGAGAGAAGCUCUGCUUAAAAUGGGAAAAUCAUUGAAAUUAUACUGUAAGUUACAGCAUGCAAAUUUCCUGACAAAACACAAGCAUGUGACCCACCACCACAAAACGUCACACAGAGCAGUUUCUUAGAAGAGGCCCAGAAAAGGUGAUUAGGGUCAACCUUGUGCCAUCAGACUUGCACACUUCAAACCUAUAUAACUCACUCAAUUUUAGGACUAGGAGAACAACCUAAGUUAAAAAAAAAAAAAAAGAUGAAAACCUGUACAUUUUCAAAAUGUACAGUUUGCAAAAUUUAAAAUUUCCAACUUAAGAUCCGGUGGUGGGUCGUAUAUAACAUCUGAGAACAAUCAGUAAACCAUAUUUCAGUGCUGUAUUGAGAUGUUAUUACCCUCAAGAAAUUUGUGCCUACAUUUUUUUUUUUUGGUCACUGGUUGAUUUGAUCAUUUGCUGAUUUGACCACACAAGUUGCUUUUACAACUAAGAGUCUACUCUACCACUAGCCUGAGUUGAUUUGAAUAUAUUCCUAAGUUGAUUCAACCACUGAGAACAGAAGUCACUAUUCAGUGUAGUGACACUUGUAAUAUGUAAGCAAACAAAGUUAAAUAUUUCAAUACAAAUUUUAGUCACAUGAUAUAUGUAGGUCAGCUCCCAUUGUUAUCUAAUAAAAAAAAAAAUGGACGAUGUGGUUGCGGUCAAAUGAUUGUCUCCCCCUCUUUUUUUUUCUACAGAUGUUUCCUGUGAAUAAAUGUCCACCUCUAUGCUUAGCAUGAGUUGAUCAGAGAUGGUUUCAGAGACCAAAAAUGUUCAGAUAUAUGCUGGUCAGAGUACAGUUGGUACAGUUCAAGAUUUACAUGGAUAGAUAGCAGAAAUUUUACAGUCUACUUCAGCAUGUCAGCAGUGGUUGCAACCAAAAUUUUAAAAAUGUUAAUGCAUUUAAUAUUAAAAGAGUCAUGCAUGCACUUGAUUUUGUAAAUUGUUUCGCCCAAGUUGUCAUUGCCAUGACGUAAAAAAGUUGGUGUUAUGGAGGAUACCUGGUUUUAUGAUGGAUCUGGGGAUUUUUGUAUUGGUCAGUCUGGGUAAGAAAAAAAUUAUAAUAUAACCUAUGUUGGUGGUAAUAUAAUUUUCUUUCUCUCUCUCUCUCCAAUUUCCAAAGCUGCAGUGUUUUGUUUAAGAACCAUUAAGUGUAAUUGUAGGAUUUUGUGGCAACUUGUAGUUCAUGGACUAGUGUAAUUUUAAACACUCAGACGAUCAGUGUAUGUUCCACUUAACUUGUAAUCUUAAGACUUAACACAUAUGGGGAAAUUUACCAUGAAAUUAAAAUGAUUUGCAUAACAUAAACACUUUUAUGGUAAUUUCAAAAUGUGCUGCCCAUCAUAAAAAGAUGUACACAUAGGCACAUUUAGGCAAAUGGAGCUAAAGUGGCUAUGUGGCUGCUAAUUAUGCACAAUCAGCUGAGCAAUAUUCUGUACCCUUUUCAACACAGUUAUCAGUCUUGGUUAUGAACAAAAAUAGAGGGUCAUUCCAUUCUUCUUGGCCAACUUUUUUUUAGCACAGCAGUUUUUGGUAGCCUAUGGUCAUGGUGAUGAAGAAAGUGUGCAACAACUUGUAGUUCAUCAACUAGUGAUCAGUUCUGCUGCCAGCAGUAUAUCUUACACAAAAUCAUGUAAUAAUGUGUCAGGCCGCAAGAGUUUCUCUUUCUCUGGGGUUAAGUGUGAAUGUGUCAAAGAUAUAAGGAUUGCAUGUUCAUUAUGUCCUUUAACUGAGCUGGGCUUGGAAAUUGGUGCUUGUGCUAUGGCAAAAUUUUUGUUUUAAAGUUAAGGAUUAGUGAAUACAGAUUUAAUAUUUGGGAAAAGAAACAUUUUUCUCCAGUCUUUUCCAUGUAAAAAUUAAAAUCAUUUGAAAAAAAUUUAUGUACAUCAUGUACAGGACUUUCUCUUCAUGCUAAAUGUCUUCCUGUCUCUGUGCUGAAAGUUUAGAUUCCUUUGUGCACACUCAGUUACACUUGCUAAGCUGAAGGUUUGCCCCCAUAGCAAAGUUAGGUCAGCAUGGUACAUAAUGUGCAUGGAAUUCCACUUUCCAAUGUGCACAAUGUUAGAACCCGCUCUUCAUUAGAUUUUUUUUAAAGUGUUUUUAAAGCAUAUGACAAGUAAUGGUGACCAUAGUUCAGAGAAAUUAAUUUUAAAAUGUUUAUUUUUAUCACAUAAUCAUGAAUUAUAUCAUUUAUUAGCUUCUUUAGAUGAAGCAGAUUUUUAACAGCAUUAACAUUAAACAAUGUUUAAACUCUUAAACUAAGUCUGAUAUGGUGCAUUUAGUGCGUGAAUUAGAGUUAAGAAAAAAUUGUCCAAUUCUUUAUUUAAUGAUGCCUAAAGAUUUUAAUUAACUUGUUUUGUCUAAUACAAGCUUUUAAAAGCACUGGUAAGAAAUUUUAUUGUUAAAUAGGCUUAUUUUUCCUUGGCUGGUAUGUGAUUUACAAAAGUGGCCCUGUUUUAAAGUGCUGCUGUUUGUCAGAAUGUGAUACAACCUGUAUAUAUGUUGCUACAUUAAGAUGCUUGGGCAGCCAUUCUCGUUUUUUGUGUUGUAUUGUUAGGGGGAAAAAAGUAUAAUAACACUGACAACAUUUUAGAAGGUGUUCAUAGAGAGGGACCACCCUCUAUAUUUAGAUUAGGCAGAAUAUAAUCAUAUUGUUGGCUGUGAUCUUUUUGUCUCUCUUCAUAUACACCAAAAGGUUCCUCUGCCUACCCCUAUCUCAACACUUCCAGCCCAACAGCUUUAUCUCUGAACUAGCUCAUUUUAAUCCUAUUACUGUAUUGUUUCAAGGGAAGUUGUUUUGGAUGAUACCUGUGUAUUUGAAGAUGCAGAUGAGCAAUGUACAUAUUUAGUCUUGAAUCAAGACAGCAGUAUCUUGAGGCCAAUAUUAGUAGUCAUCCUCUCUGUCUCUUUCUCUCUCACCCACACACACCACCAGAACCUGCCUUGCACAAAAUACACCAUGUCCUCUACAAAAGUGAGUGCGUUAAGAUUAGACAAUGUCACGUGAUAGUUGGGGCAACUUCUCUCAAGCCUAAGGUGAUGAAAUAAAGCAGUUUACACAGCAUAUACAUGUACAAAACAAACAUCUUUUUCAAGUGCCUCUUAUUCAGUUUCUGUAUGUCUGGUGUUUUUUAAUAAUUGGAGUGCAUUCAUAAAGGAUAAGUAUUACAAAAAGUAUGCAGUGAAAUAUUUGCCUGGAUUUUUAAAUGACAAAUUGUUGAACUUUUACUGUCAAUAAUUGUUAAUAUAUUCUUCAAAGAAGAACUAUGUUUUUAUGUUGGUGGAUGGGGGAAAUAGAAUUUAAAAGAAAAAGUGUAGAUGAAUGUAGACAGCAAUUUUUCGAUGAUAAUGGGAAAGCAUGUUGGCCUUAAACUUUGUGCCAUCUCUUGGUCAUCCAAUUCCCUCUCAUGAUGAACUUUUAUUCGUGGCUUUGAGAAUUUUUUUUUCUGAUAGUAAGACAGGUUAAUGUUGCUGUAAGAGGUGAUCAAAAAUUGGCAAGUUUCUGAGAAAUUAUCCCACUUUAUUCUUAGGCAGUAGCUUUUAGGAAAAAGUGGAUAGGUGGGCAUCAGUAGUUGUAGCAGGCAUAUCCUUUUUUAACUUGAGUUUGUUUAUUUGUGCAAAUAUCCAGAAAAGUUUUUAGUGGCAAUCUUAGUGUUCCCAUUAACAUAUAGGAAAAUCUUGUAGAUAGAAAGUGCUUAAGAGGCAUAUGUGUGAGGAGAGAAGAAAAUCAGUUCUACAUUUUUUUUUUUUAAAGAAUGCCAGUGGUGUUCUAACCCUGCUCAUGUUUAAAGAGAUAUAAGGCACUUUGCCUUAUCGGCACUGAAGAAUGCUGUUUCUAUAAGAACAAGUGUUUUUAUUGUUUUUAAAGUUGUUGAAUGUAUUGUCAGUGUGCCAAAGCAUGUUAUAAAGAGCUUUACACAGCUGUAUUUAAUGUAAAGUUAUGUCUAUUUGUGGACAGCAGGAAAUGUUGUCUUCAUAGAGUUUUAAUACAGUCUGAAACAAGUCUUUAUAAGACUGUCUCAUGAGAUGUGUCUGCUUUUGACACUUGAUCUGGCAGGAAAAGGUUGAGUGAAGGGCAUGUUGUAAUCCCACAGCUGAUCAUGGCUAUUGUUUUUUAAAUGUCAGUGGGCAUACUAAUAAUUUACAUUUUUAGGUUUAGUUUAUCAGACAUUGGUCUAUAGGCAUGUAAAUCUCUCCAUAGCAACAAGAAAAUGUGACUCAGGUCUUGCAGCAUGUUUGAGGUUUUUCUGGUUCUAAAUUUUACAAGAGUCGAGAUAGGCUGUUUAAUAGAAAUGAUUGUGAGCUGCCUGCUGAGAACAUUUCUGAACCUAGUUAUUAUGCAUAAUGUCCUGUAGUGCCGAAGAUAAUCGGAUGGAGUUAUUUCAACUCAAAAAUACUGUUUUAUUUGGAACUGUACUGAAUUUGGAAAACUGUUGGUAAAGUGCCUGAUAUUAAAAGCUUUUGUAGUAGUAAUUGUAUGGUUUUCGAGAAAUUGACUAAUGAAAGUUAGGUAUCAUUUGUAUAGCAGUAGAUAAUAUGAUAAUGUUAAUUGAACAGCAUUAACACAAUAGUGUACAGGACCCAUCACAAGGCUGGAGACAACAAAAGGGGGAAAUGUGUCGCUGUGUGAAAAAUGUAUUUAGUAAAAGACAGGACCUUGGUAGAAUGAUUCUAGUCUGUGGUAGAGGCUAGAGGUAGAAUAUGGUCUUGGUGAAAUGGUAGAACUGUGGUGAAUAAAGGCUAGAUAUAGAAUAUGAGCUUACUUGGGAUACUAAGAAAAGCGUUAAUAGUAGUACCUAUACCCACAGAGGCCCAGACUGUAGACAGCUGCAUGAUGAAAUUUCUUAAUGAAGUCCAUGAAGCUGCACCAUUGGUUCCUUCUCUCACUGUAUUGGCCGAAGAAUACUGCAGCUGGAGCUCAUACUUUUACCAGAGAAGAGGGUGUACAACAUACCUGUUGAUGUGGUACAACCAAAUGCAGGUCAAGGUGUGGCAUGCUGAUGCAUGAAAGUAUUAGAUCCUCGAUGCUCAUCUGCUUGUUAUAUGACAGUAACAGUUGCUGCAUUUUCUGAAUUUUUUUUUUUUUUUUGUUAAUAAAGGUGGUCAUUUCCCUUGCCCAUGUUUAUUGCAUUUUGUGAGUUGGUAUGCACACAAAAUAGCCAGUUCCCAUUUUCUUAAACUCCUCACUUUAUCCCGUUCUUAAAAGCAUCACAAUUGACAUAAGCCUUUGUGGUGUUUCAAAGAGUAUUUUAUGGAUAUUUUGAAUUGAUCUGAAACCCAUUAUUUUGUUAAGCUGAAGUUGCUUGUGCCACAAAAUGUGUUGUUGACCAAAACUUUGUAUAGCUAUUGCUCAUUGCAUCUGGCCACCCUGAUCUGGUUUUACUACCACCUUUUUCUGUAAAGGCACUUUUCAUCAUUCUUGCUGUUGUGGUCAUUAUUGCCAUCUGCGUCUUGUCAAGUUUUAUCAUUUCGACUAUUGCCAUAUUGAAGUAAAGUAACCUUGAAAUGGUC